UUAUGUUUUAGAGAGCAGAAAGACAAACUCGAAUUAUGGAUUCAGCUCAAUAUGCAGAAUUCUGUGAAAGUCGACAGUUAAGUUUCUCCAAAAAAGCUUCCAAGUUUCGAGACUGGUUGGACUGUAGCAGUAUGGAGAUAAAACCCAAUGUUGGUGCUAUGGAAAUUUUAGCAUAUUUAGCAUAUGAAACUGUGGCACAGUUAGUGGAUCUGGCUCUUCUUGUGAGGCAGGACAUGGUAACCAAGGCAGGGGACCCCUUCAGCCAUGCCAUUUCUGCAACCUUUAUUCAUUAUCACAACUCUGCUGAGAGCACUGAGGCCUGUGGUGUUGAGGCUCACAGCGAUGCCAUCCAGCCCUGCCACAUCAGAGAGGCUGUUCGACGCUAUGGCCACAAGAUUGGCCCCCUUUCCCCAUUCACAUAAAGUCACUUAUAGAGGAGGAUUGGACAAGUUAUGCCAUUGAUCUCUUUAUUCCGAAUAAAUACCAUCUGAAACACUGUGCCAAGUCAAUACUAAAGUGAUAAAGAAGUGUUCUUUGGCAUCGACUUCUGUAAUGU